AUGACUAAUGUUGGAGCAGCUCACAAUGUCACUGUUUUAGGCUCCGGGGAGACCACGGUCGUCCUUGGCCACGGCUUUUGCUCUAACCAGUCAGUGUGGAGGCACUUUGUCCCUCACCUUGUGGACGAGUACCGAGUCAUACUGUACGACGACAUGGGGGCCAGCACCACCGACCCCAACGCCUUCGAUUUCCAACGCUACUCCACUGUAGAAGGCUUCGUGAACGAUCUUAUCUCCAUUUUGGAGGAAUUCAAAGUCGAGAGGCUAACUAACGCGGAGGACUAUUACGGAGGGACGGAGGCAGAAAAGUAUGACCAGCAAAUUGUCGCAUUGGAGGAGAAUCCCACGGAAAUGUAUGAGAAAAUUGCCCCACUUGUGAUGGGUUGUGACGCCAACUCGACAGCCGUUCACGAGUACACACGGAAUGCAUUGAGCAUGAAGCCCGACAUCCGCCAACAUAUUCUACGCCUGAUUAGCAGGCUCGACAUGAGGGCGUGCCUCGGCCAGGUGGUGCCGACCCAAGGUCACUAUCCGCACCUCAGCUCGCCGGAGGUCAUCAAUCCGGUGCUGCUCCGUCACAUAAGGGAGGAUAUCGUGGGUGAUGAUAAGUCAGAAAAAAUUGAGAUGGAAGUUUGA